AGGUCGUGGUUUACGCCAAGGAGAUCCCAUCAGCCCUCUUUUGUUCAACUUAGUAAUGGAGCCCUUGGUUAAAUCUAUUGUUUAUUCUCAACGAAUUCGUGGUUUUGCUUUUCCUUCGGUCGACGUUAUGGAGGGCGUUUCCUUACAGAACCGCAUUUCAGUCCCUUCGGAAAUCAAAGUCCUAGCAUAUGCAGAUGACCUUUUGAUUUUCCUUGCUGAUCAACAUGACCUUCAGGAGGUUCAGUCCCUCAUU